ACCACUACCACUACUUAGUCCACAUUCACUACCAUUGUUUCAUCGACGUCUGCGGAAGUGACGAGUUUGGGAUCAUGGGGGACAGGACGGACGCUCCGCCCAGGUAUGAGAGCGAGUAUGACUGGGUCAAAUGCGAGCGCGACGGGAAGACGCACUGGGCAAGGCCGCUCGACGGCACGGCCACCUUCCUCGUCCACUGGCAGAGCCGAUUCCACGCCGAGUCAGACCUGCUAACGUCGUGCCUGUUGGAACGCAGCGAUGGACAGCCGCUCGAGCUCCGAAUCGAACAUGUCCAGCGGGCGUGGCGACUGAUGCGCUUCAAGUUCCCAGUUGUGGGCGUGCGCGUCGUCGAGCGGAGCGCCAUGGGUCUUGCCGAUGUCGAGAUGCCGCGCUGCCUCAAGGGAAAAGUCAACCUCAACAAGUGCAUUUCCUACCAGGUCCUUGAGCACGACGACGAGAUUCGGCAGUGGGCUGUUUCGAGGGUCAUCGAUCACUCUGGCGAUUCACCUGCUCGUCUCGACGACGAGGACGAGGGCGAUGAGUUCUACCGCUGGGCCCGUGCCAAGCCUGCCGAGCCAAAGAACAACGUCGAUGGCAUGCUCGUCCAUUUCUGGCCAGGGAAACGGCCCCGCAUCGCCCUCGAACAGUCCCACACCAUCUCCGACGGCCUUGCCUGUCUCACUGUUGUCGACGAGCUCCUCACGAUGAUCUCGCAGACACUCGUGCAGCAGGCUGACGAUCCCGUAAAGUGGGGAGAGGAGGUCCGAAGGCUACCACCGGCUGUACAAGACGCCAUCGCCGAUCAGCCCGAGAGCUGGGACAUUUCGCCAGAGGAAAAGAAGCGGCUGCAAAAGUACAAUGAGAACCGGCUCAACUCGCAGUCUGCCUCGUCAUCCCUUUUCGACAGAUUUGGCGUGGCUGUGUACAAGCAGACGCUCAAGAACAACACUGCCAAGAGCGCUGUCGUCUCCAAGGUGUUGAACAAGCCCCUGGUCAGCUUGGUAAGGGGCAUCGUCGAGUCGGGUGAGGCUUAUCCAAUCGGCUUGCUCCCCCCUUCCAAAGAACCUUUCAAGGGACGAAGGACGUUCAACGACUUUUGCUCCCGGAAGCUGUCCAACGAGGCGCUUCAGCACCUUUUGACACGGCUUCGCAGUGAAAAGACGACGGUGGCGCCCUUUCUCGAGUCAUGCAUCGCCUUUGCAACGACAUACGUGCGCCGACAGAGGAGCCUUCCUCCGACAAAGGACGGCUGGGACGACGAGAAGAAGGUGCAUGCACUCUUUGCCAAUCCGGUGUCGAGGAGAUUCCUGUUCAGAGAGGAUCAUCGGCGGUACAUGGGCGACGCUCAGAGCGGGUUCCCCACGCAGAUACCCGUCAAGAAGCUUCGCUGGCCAGAAGAAUGCCUUUCAUCCUCUGAAAACGCACCAGAGAUCAACGAAGCGGUGCUGUCCAAGGUCUUUGUGGUGUCCAGGGAGCUCGGGCUGCAGUACAAAGCAGGCAAAGAAGACAAGGACUGGUACAAGCUACUCAAGGCGACAAUGUUUGACGCCAUGCAGACCGAGUACCUCCUCGUCCGGGAUGAGGCCUUCUACCCAUCUAAUCCCUGGUUCACCUCGCUGGGAAGGAUGGACGACACGUUGAGGCCGCGCAGGCCCUUGGGCGAGUCCGGCGAGCUCGUUGCCACCUGCCCUCGCUUCGUCGUCCGCGUCGGUCGAGCCCAGCCGACGAUCCAGGCGUACACGUACGCACAGGAGGGCAUGACGCUCCAGAUGCUCUGGCCACAGUGGUGGUAUGACCUGGAGCAGUCGCCCGGCAGGUUCAAACUGAAACGCGGGAAGCGCGUCGAAGGCUUGCACGACGAGAGCAUCCUCAAGCCCUGGUUCGACACCUUCUGCCGCAUCAUCGAGGCAUCUGCUGCCUCCGCCUCCGCCCCCAACGGCUCGGCCAACCCCACCUGAUUGCCUUUUCUUCUUCCCCUGUCUCUCUUUUUUGGCAUAGUCAUUCGCACGCUCAUUCGUAGACACAUCAUACUACCAUUGUCGCUAGACUGCACUGCCCCCCCCCCUUAAUCAAUACC